AUGACCUUGCAGAGUGUCAGAGCUUCUGUCCUGCACGGAGCGAAGGACUUGCGCAUUGAAACCCGCGACCUGCCAGCUCCUGCGGCCGACGAAGUGCAGAUUGCCGUACAGUCUACCGGCCUUUGCGGCUCGGAUUUGCACUAUUUCAACCAUUACCGGAAUGGAGACAUCAUCGUUUCCGAGCCUCUGACGCUCGGCCACGAGUCGAGCGGAACAGUGGUCGCAGUGGGAUCCGACGUCACAAACCUUGCACCUGACGACAGAGUCGCGCUUGAAGUUGGUCUGCCCUGUGAGAACUGUGAAUAUUGCAAAGAAGGCCGAUACAACAUCUGCAGGGGCAUGAGGUUUAGAAGCUCGGCAAAGGCCGUUCCUCAUGCGCAAGGCACGCUGCAAGAAAAGAUCAACCACCCUGCUCGUUGGUGUCACAAACUCCCGCCUCAGCUCUCUUUAGAUCUAGGCGCAAUCAUUGAACCACUUUCCGUUGCCAUGCACGCGCAAAACCGUGCCAACCUACCAGCUGGCUCAACAGUGCUGGUCUUUGGUGCCGGUGCUGUCGGGCUGCUUGCCGCAGCAGUUAGCAAGGCCGACAAGGCCGCUGCCGUGGUUAUUGCAGAUAUCCAAAAAGACCGAGUCGACUUUGCUGUUGCUAACGGCUAUGCCGAUGCGGGAUUCGUUGUCCCGAUGGCCCGCCCGCAGACAAUUGAAGAAAAAUUGGCUUACGCACAGGAUGUAGCUGCCAAGAUCAAAGAGACCCAAGUCAAUGGCAAGGCCGUCGGCGAAGUUUCCGCUGUCUACGAGUGUACCGGGGUUGAAACGUGCACUCAAACGUCCAUUUACGCAACAAAGCCCGGCGGCAAGGUCAUGAUUAUCGGCAUGGGCAACCCCAUCCUCACGCUGCCAAUGUCGGCGGCCGCACUACGCGAAGUCGAUCUCGUGGGCGUUUUCCGGUACGCUAAUGUCUACGGAAAAGCCAUCGAGCUCCUUGCAAAUCGUCCUUGCGGCAUGCCGGAUUUGUCUUCGCUUGUCACGCACCGAUUCAAGGGUAUGGACCUUAUCAGUAAGGCAUUCGCGAUGGCAGGCAAAGUCAAGGAUGACGAGGGGUGUCUAGUUCUCAAAGUAGUAGUAGACAUGAAAUCGCAAUAG